AGCCAAAUCAUCGCUAGCGAAACUAUUGACCUAUUGACAAUCACGUCUAGGUUAGGUCUAUUAAUAGGGUUUAAGGCUGAUUUCAGCUGCCCCUUCGCCAUCAAGGUUCACCUUUACGUCACCUCUGAAUGUCUUUGUCCUCAGCUAAACCCCGAAGCCUCUUAUUCAACUUUACGUUUUUCUAUCAAGACGUCACGUCACAUUUGCAUUCAUAAUGGCAUCGACAACAUCAGCACCAAAUACUCAAGUUCUCGCCAUGCCCGAUGGCCUCAACCCCGACACUCUCGACACCCUGACCGAACUCGCCGUGCUGCUCAACCGCCUGCGCACCCCCUCCAGCACCGCAACAGGCAACACGCCCGCACCCACGCCCUCCCAGCAGCCUCCUCCCCCUCCGUCCCACCGGCACGCGCAGCCGCAGAACCAGUCCCAGGCGCAAACCAACAACGGCGCCACGACCACCACCAACACGGGCGAGCUGGCCCUCAAGGAGAUCCCGCCUGCCGCUGACGUCCUUAAGCACCGAUUCCAGCGCGCGCGCGUGUUGAUCCGCGGCCUGCCCGAUAUGAACCGCACCAUACCCAACCAGGAAACCGAGAUCGCGGCGCUGGAGGCGCGGCUCGCGCGGCAGCGGGAUAUGCUGGAUAAGCUGCGCGAGAUGGGCGCGCAGUUGGCGGCGCAGCAGGACGAUGGGGAUCGCGAUAGGAUGAUUACGGAUUAAGUGAGUGGCGGUAAGGGAAUACGCGAAAAAGAUAAACCAGAAAAAUGACUACGGGUUGGUUGGUUGGUUCGUCGUUAGGUAUGCGCGGUGCAGAAGCUGUUGUAUACUCGCAUUGGCAUGGAGUUUCGGUGUUCAGGCUAUUUCACGGUACGGUACGAUACCACGAGGCAGCGUCAGGGGGACCAGGUGUGGGAAUAUAGCAAAGGUUAAUCAUUCAUAAAAAACUACUUGGGAAUUGUGUGUAUUACAAUAUUACACAGGAUAUGACCGCAAUAUGAACCGACGCCAUACGCUAGACCC